CACUUUACCCUGAUUCCUGACUCCUGAACACCCAAGGAUCCCUCCACGGAGCCUCCUCUCCUUCUCGAUGGCUCUGCUGGUCUCAUUUCCUGUCAGGACUCCAGACAUGGCCUGGGUCCUGCUUCUGCUGCUGCCAGCAGCCUGCCUGCAAGCUAGGAACCCAGCAGGAUCCAACAGAGGAAGUUGGUAUGGAUUUGAUCAACCAAUACACGUCUCUGGUGUCCAUGGCAGCUUCAUCGAGAUUCCCUUCUCCUUCUACUUCCCCUGGGAGUUGGCAAAGGAUCCACAGAUGAGGAUUCUCUGGAGAUGGAAGGACUUCCAUGGGGAAUUUAUCUACAACUCUUCCUCGGGUUUCAUCCAUGAGCAUUUCAAGGACCGGCUCAUCCUGUACUGGACACAGCCUCAGACAUCAGGAGUCCUCAGAAUCCUGAACUUGAAGGAGGAGGACCAGACAGUGUACUUCUGCCGAGUUAGUCUGAAAACAACAAAGCGCAUGGAGGUUUUUCAGUCGAUCGAUGGGACCCAACUCACCCAUGCCCCCACGACCACCGCUCCAAGCCCCACCACUGCAACUUCUGAAGACCAGAUGAGCAGGAAUCAGACCCUGGAUCUGGGAACCAGAGUUGGGUUGGCAGUGGCUGCUGCUGUACUCCUGGCUGGAGUUUUGGGAUUGACAGUGUUCAUCAGGUGGAAGAGGAGGAAAGGCCAGAGGACUAAAGCCGAAACCCCAGCCAGGGAACUCAUUGAAAACACUGAAAAAUGUGAGAAAGUUGAGCCUGAAGGACAAUAUAUGGAUCCCAAAGAUAAUCCCAAGGACAACAUCGUGUAUGCCUCCAUUGCCCUCUCAAGCCCGACCUCUCCAGGAACACCAGGCUGCCCGCCUGUCCAUGAGAACCCCCAGGAAGAGACUGUAUACUCCAUCGUAAAGGCCAAAUGAGCGGGUCUGGGCGACCAUCUCAGAGUCACCUUUGCUUCUAGUAGGAAGACUCCCAGCUUCCACUGAUACUUGUGGAGUCAGACGUUCACAGGUCACAGAUACCCAAGGCCAGGACAGAAAUUCACAUGUCAGGAACUCAGAGAAACUGAGAAACUCCCAGUUCCCUUUUCUAAC